AUGGACGGGGUGCUGUACAAGCAUGCAGAGGUGGAGCGUGACAUUGUCAAGCGCUUGGGCAAGGCCACUGAGCAGCUGGGUCUGGGGCCUGAGGGGCACCAGGAUCUUUUCAGGUCACAUGGAUCAACCAUCCAAGGACUGCUUUCCGAGGGCCAUCUUUCUGGAGAUGCCGUCGAACCCUUCUACUCCGGCGUCUACGAUGGUGUGAACCUCGAGGCGCUGAAGCCUGAUCCACUCUUGGCCCUGCAGCUGAAGUCCCUGAGGGCGGACGACGUUUGCGUGUGGCUGGCGACCAACUCGCCACGACCGUUCGUGGACCGAGUCCUCCAGGCCCUGGGACUGGAGAGCCAUCUCCUUCGAAUUGUCUGCCCAUCUUCGGAGAAUGGCUGGGUGAACAAGCCGGAUGCCAGGUUCUUCGAGAUGUUGCCACGAACGCAAGCGAAGUUCUUCGACGACUCCUUGGGCCAUGUUCGAGCAGCGGUAGCUGCUGGACUGCCUGCGGUGCAUGUGAGGCGGUCGGACGACGUGAUGAUGCUCGUGGCGGACGCUUUGAUGGUGGUGCCAGCCUGCUGGCGCUUGUCGAAAAGUCACUACUUGCAGGCCAAGGAGGUGGCCGACCUUCGGUCCCUCUCGGCGCCCGUACGUUCGGAGCUGGCCCAGCAGCUUUCGACCUUUGCUGGCCAGGACAUCUCAGUCCUGGACUUGGGAGCAGGCACGCUCUCCAUGCUGUCCGUGAUCUUGAAGGCUCUGCCGAAAGGUUCUCGGGUCAAGUACACGGCCGUGGACCGAGAUGAUGAGCUCCUGAAGCAGGCAGCAGCGGAGCGGCUGGAAUCGCAAUUCCAAGCGACGGCGCAUGCCUCCCUGCCCAAUACAUGGCAGCUGCCGGAUCGCGAGGUGUCGGUGACUUUACUGCCCGGGGAUGCCGUGGAAGUCUUGGCGACCUUGCCGUCCCAGACGCUGGUCGUGGGAUGCUCCAUCCUCGACCUCAUUGACGUUGAGGCGCUGUCAACAGCCUUACGGCAGCACCAGGCGUCGGCCCUGCUUUAUUUUCCCAUCCACUACGCCGGCGUGACGGUCUUCGAGUCCCCGCGUCAAGCGGACGUGAAGCUGCUCACGGCAGACUACAACCGGUCUUUAGAGUGCAGGGGCCAGGUCACGAAGGUGACGGACUUCUACGAUUCCUUGGGUGAGACGAUCGCUACAGGAUCGUCAGAUUGGGUCCUUGACUCGAAGGCCUGCCCCGACCUGUUCAAGCAGCUCGCCUCGUUCAUGGCCGUGAACGCACUGGGCUUCCAUGGCCACGCUGCCGUCGGCGAGGCGGUGGCGGCACUCCGGAGCCCCGGUGGUCUCCUGGCCGAGGACGUGGUGCUGAAGGUGGAGAAUAUGGAUUACCUUGGGCGAGUUCCUGGCUCUGCCACGGCGGCACCACGGCGUUUGGCUGUGGAGUUCUCUGCGCCGGGCGAGGUCUGCCUGGUUGAAGAGGCUCUUCGUGCACCUGGUGAGGAAGAGGUUGUCGUCAAAGCGAGGUAUUCGGCGAUUUCAGCCGGGACGGAAAGGCGAAUGCUGAUGCAAGGUCCGGGUACGGAGCCAUUGGAUACCACACAUGCAUUCGGUGAGACAGCUUGGCCUUUCAGGUACGGCUACUGCUUGGUUGGCUCCGUUGUCCAAUCAAACUGCGGGGACCUGCUGCCGGGGACACGAGUUUUCUGCUUUCAUCCGCAUGCUAGCCAUGCUGUCGCGCCACGCUCCGCGGUGAAGAAGAUCCCGGACGACAUAAGUGAUGAAGAUGCGGUAUUCUUGGCGAACAUGGAGACGGCAUGCGCUUUGAGCCAAGAUGCCGCCCCUCUCGUCGGUGAGUCCGUGGCUGUUUUUGGUGCUGGCACUGUCGGUGCACUCACUGCAGCCGUAUUGGCGCACCAGGGCUAUUCGGUCACAGUCAUCGACCCCGAAACCGACCGCGUUGCCACCCUCCUGCAGAGAUUCCCUCAAAUCUCUUGCAGUGCUGGCAAGGACUUCGACGUUUGUGUCGAAGUCAGUGGCUCGGCCGACGCACUGGGUUCCGCGAUCAAGUCCUGCCGCCGUGGUGGGACGGUGGUGCUUGGCUCCCUGUACGGAGAGUCUCCGGUGAGUCUUCCCCUGGGUCUCGCCUUCCAUCGCUCGGAGGUCUCCCUGAAAGCCUCUCAGGUGAGCCAAAUACCCGCGGCACUGUCCACGCGAUGGACAAAGGAGCGCCGAUUUGACCUGGCCUGGUCUUUGAUUCGGGCACUCAGACCCAAGGAGUGGAUAGGCAUGCACCUCGUGCCAAUAACCGCUGCCCCGGACGUGUACCGGGAUCUCAUGAAGCAGGGCCAGGUCCCGGGACCUGAUGGCCCACCACGGCAGUGGGUCUUCUCAUGCCAGCCAGACGCAUGA